AGGCCGGUGAUGGCGGCGCUAGUUGCUUCCAAGGCGGCGGAGCCGGGCGGCCGAAACGGCCCAAGCAGAGGUCGAGCCCCUCGGGCCCGUUUGGCCAAUCAGAUACCCCCUGAGAUCCUGAACAACCCCCAACUGCAGGCAGCCAUCCAAGUCCUGCCUUCCAACUAUAACUUUGAGAUUCCCAAGACAAUCUGGAGGAUCCAACAGGCUCAGGCCAAGAAAGUGGCCUUGCAAAUGCCUGAAGGGCUCCUCCUCUUUGCCUGCACCAUUGUGGAUAUCUUGGAAAGGUUCACUGAGGCUGAAGUAAUGGUGAUGGGUGACGUGACCUAUGGGGCUUGCUGUGUGGAUGACUUUACUGCAAGGGCCCUAGGAGCUGACUUCCUGGUGCAUUAUGGACACAGCUGCCUGGUUCCCAUGGACACCUUGGCCCGAGACUUCCGAGUGCUGUAUGUCUUUGUGGACAUUCGAAUAGAUACGGCCCACCUACUGGACUCUAUCCGCCUCACCUUUCCCCCAGCCAGUGCCAUUGCUCUGGUCAGCACCAUUCAGUUUGUGUCAACCUUGCAGGCAGUGGCCCAGGAACUGAAAGCUGAGUAUCGUGUGAGUGUCCCACAGUGCAAACCCCUGUCUCCUGGGGAGAUUCUGGGCUGCACAUCCCCACGCCUGCCCAAAGAGGUGGAGGCUGUUGUAUAUCUUGGAGAUGGCCGCUUCCAUCUGGAGUCUGUCAUGAUUGCCAAUCCCAAUGUUCCCUCUUACCGAUAUGACCCAUACAGCAAAGUUCUGUCCAGAGAGCAGUAUGACCAUCAGCAUAUGCAGGCCAAUCGCCAAGAAGCCAUAGCCACCGCCCGCUCAGCUAAAUUCUGGGGCCUUAUCCUGGGCACUUUGGGUCGCCAGGGAAGCCCCAAGAUUCUGGAGCACCUGGAAUCUCGGCUCCAAGCCUUGGGACUCCCCUUUGUGAGGCUGCUGCUUUCUGAGAUCUUCCCCAGCAAGCUAAGCCUACUUCCGGAGGUAGAGGUGUGGGUGCAGGUGGCAUGUCCACGCCUCUCCAUUGACUGGGGCACUGCCUUUCCCAAACCGCUGCUGACACCCUACGAGGCGGCCGUGGCCCUGAAGGACGUUCCCUGGCAAGAGCCCUACCCCAUGGACUUCUACGCCGCGAGCUCCUUGGGGCCGUGGACCGUGAACUAUGGGCGGGACCGGGCCUCCGAGGGUCGGGGCCGACCGGCGCUGGGGAAGGUGCAGGAGCGGCCCACGCUCCCCUCUCCGGCCACGGCAGGCGAGAGUCACUGCUGCAGAGACAAGAAAGCGGAGCCGUCAGCAACUUGAGUCGCUCGGGGUUCCCAGGGCCCCGCCCUCCGGAGGAGCAACCCCGAGGCUGGUGG